UCACGGCGCAUGCGCAGGAGUUGUUCUGCGCGUUCGGCAGCGCUCGUGUUGACCGAAGUCUCUGGAAUAAAGUCUUGCUUGUGAAUUUAUAAACAACUCCCUUCUGCUAUUUUCCUUCGUGUGUUUUUUAAACCGAAACCAGGCGAACUACGGUCACAAGUGGCGUGCGUUAUCAAGCGGAGAGCUGAAAUAUAAAUAAAGUGACUUUGUUCUCAUUACUGCAGGAUUUCACGGAAGGAGGUCAGGGACAGGACAGAGGCACGCGCUGAGCAGAUCUACUCAGAGUUAAACCUUAAGCAGAAGCUCCAUCAUGGAGUAUUACCAGAUCCUGGGCGUACGUAAAGACGCGUCUCCAGACGACAUAAAAAAAGCGUACAGAAAAUUGGCUUUAAAAUGGCACCCAGAUAAAAAUCCAGACAACAAAGAAGAGGCUGAGAGGAGAUUUAAGGAGAUCUCUGAAGCUUAUGAAGUCCUGUCAGAUGAAAACAAGCGUAGUUUAUAUGACAGAUAUGGCAAAGAUGCCCUGUCUGGAGGUGGAGGAAGAGGAGGGCAUUAUGAUGACCAUUUCGGUGGCGUGUUCACAUUCCGUAACCCUGAAGAUGUUUUCAGGGAAUUCUUCGGAGGCAGAGAUCCAUUCGCAGAUUUCUUCGGAGACGACCCCUUCGACCCAUUUGACGAUUUCUUUGGGUUUGGUGGCAGCCGGAGGCAGAGAGGAAUGAGGAGUCGAACUGGUCCCUCCUUCUUCCCUGGUUUUGGGGGAUUCCCUUCGUUCGGAGGCUUCUCAGGCUUUGACUCAGGUUUCGCGGCUCUUGGCCCCAUGGGUGGAGGAAGCUUCACCUCUUUCUCCUCAUCAUCAUUCGGUGGCGGCGGUGGAGGAAGAGGAGGCGGCGGCAGCAUGGGGAACUUCCGUUCUGUGUCCACCUCCACCAAGUUCAUCAACGGCAGAAGGAUCACCACGAAACGCAUCGUGGAGAACGGUCAGGAGCGGGUGGAGGUUGAGGAAGAUGGCCAGCUGAAGUCUCUCACAGUUAAUGAUAUCAGCACUCCGAGUGCCCUGCCUGGCCCCGCCUCUCACUCCCGUUACCUUAGAAACGCCACAGACGAGGAUGACGGGGAACGAGGAAGCACCAGAGGAUUUUUCGAAAGCAGAAGAAAGAAACACUGGCGUUCAGACACGGAUAACAAAAAGAAGAUGAAUCCACGCCUGGCUCCGAGGAUCGGCUCCUGGUUCUGAGUUUUUUUGCAGCACUUUUUGGAAUAAUAUUAUUAUUUUUUUCAUAAGCGCAAGAUAAUAAAACCACAGAAGAACUGUAGAGUGUGUGUGAUAGUAUAGUAUAGUAUCCUGUAGCUGGGUAAUGUCACGACUUAAGAUGGCAUUUCUUAAAGAGUUUUAGUCACAGAAUUAGUGAUAUCACUAGAAAUUGAUUUUUUUUUAAUAAUAAAUAAAUAAAUAUCUACAUUUUUAAGUGGAUUGACGAUUGGGAAAGGAGCCCCAUUAUUAGAUGAAAACAUCAUAAUCAUAAUAAUAAUAAUAAUAAUAAUAAUAAUAAUAAUAAUAAUAAUAAUAAUAAUAAUAAUAAUAAAUAAACAAACAAACAAACAAACAAACAAACAAAUAAAUAAAUAAAUAAAUAAAGACAGUGUGGGAUUUAAUACAACAAAUAUGCUUUUAGUUUAAAUUUAAGGCAAAAAAAAUGCAAAAAGCAUACCUUACUUGUUUUAUUUAUUUUAUUUUAUUAUUAUUAUUAUUAUUAUUAUUAUUAUUUUUUACAUUUGACACUUUAAAGUUGUAGAGAAUUUGAACCAAAAAAUGAACACUAAUUAAUAAUCAACAUGAGUCCUAUAGCCUUAUAGAAUAUUUCAAAAUCAAAUAAAAGUAUUGUCAUUUUGCAUAAUUUAUAAUAUUAAUAUUUUAUUAUUACUUUGCUCAGCACUACACAGUCAGUACAAACACAAUCAAGCUGAUUUACAUAAACUUCCUGAAUAUGGAAUUACAUGUGUUUGUACCUGAAAGUGACAUAAAAUAGUGGGCGGGGUCAAUGCAAAUAAGCAAAUUUAUCAUCUUGAGAGUGCUUUACCAGCUCAGGAACAGAGAUUAGUAAAUUAUUAAUAAAAUCACUUACAGUAAAAAGUGAAGGGUGGAAAUGAAGAAGUUUAUUUAUUUGGGACUUUUAUUAAUUCAGUGUUCUCGUGUUAUGUCGUUAAUAUUCACUUUCAUCAAUACAGAUAUCUGACAGAGGAACAGAGAGGAGGCUAGCAGCUAGCUACACACUUUGUGAAAUGGGUUCUUUAUGGUUCUUUCAGGGUUCUUUUGGUUUGUUUAGGACUCUUUCAGGAUUCAUUAAGGGUUCUUUCAGAGUUUUUUGAGGAUGUUUGGAAUUGUUCAAAGUACUUUAAGGGUUUCUUGAGGACUCUUUCAGGGUUCUUUGAGGGCUCUUUAAGGGUUUUUUGAGGGUUAUUUAAAGAUUUUUUCUCUUUUCAUUGAGGGUUCUUUAAGGGUUCAUUCAAGGUUCUUUGAGCAUUCUUUCAGGGUUUGUUGAGGGUUCUUUCAGGGUCCUUUGAGGGUUCUUAAUGGGUUAUUUGUUCUGUCACUGUUCAUUGGGGGUUCUUUAAGGGUUUGUUGAGGUUUUUUUCAGGGUUCUUUGAUGGCUCUUGAAGGGUUUGUUCAAGGUUCUUUGAGGGUUUGUUAGGGGUUCUUUAAGGGUUUGUUGAGGGUUCUUUCAGGGUCCUUUGAGGCUUCUUAAUUGGUUCUUUGUUCUGUCAUUGUUUGUUCAGGGAUCUUUAAGGGUUCGGUUCAAGAUUUUCUAAGGUUCUUUCAGGGUUUGUUGAAGGUUUUUUAAGGUUUCUUUGAGGGUUCUUUAAGGGGUUCUUUCAGGGUUUGCUCAGGGUUCUAAUCUUAAUUUCAGAUUAAAAAAAAUUAAAGAAUGAUCCAAAUUAAAAAAAAGGUUUGUACAGAGACCUUGUAAGUAUUCCCUCAGAAGGAGAACUAAAGAACCUUUAAAAGCGAACAGUAUUUCCUGUCUGUAACAAACAUCUCAGUUAUACAGAAAUCUUUUUACGAUAUCUGUUUAAAGAUUAAAGGUGUAAAUGGUGUUGAACUUUCCGGAGAACCCGGAUCUCACUACUUAUCGCUGUUUCUAAUAGAAUAUUCAGAUUCUAAUCUGCUGUUGCUGUUUACGUCCUCUGUGUACUGCCUCGGCUGUAGGAGAUACUUUAAUAAUGUAGUUUUUUUUUUUUCAAUAAGAAAUAUAUAUAUAUACUUUUUGUAUUAGAUUAGUAAAGUUCUCUAUUUUA